AUGUUCGGCCGUCGUGUGUCCAGCUGUUGCCCAAUUCCCACGGCGAUGUAUCGCACCUUGCACAUCAACAACCGACGGCAGGCACAACGUCUUGUUGCUCCAUUCGUGGCACUCUCUCCGCGGGAAACACGUGUUGCCGCCACGGAUGCAUUUGCUCUACAGACUGGUGUAUUUCUUCCUGCCGACCUGGCCACAUCCCCGUCGCUUUCGGCGCUUAUGGGUUUGCCUGCACAGGCCUUGCUAAACGGGUUUGUAACUAACCCCAUCCUGCUGCGCAUCAUUUCUGAUACAAUGUGCACGUAUAGCGUUUUACUUCUUCACACAUAA